AUGGCAGACAACUCAGACACAGGCGCUGCAACUUCACAAGGAUCCGGAGAGGGAAGUGGUAACUCAAGGUUCUCUAAGAUGGGAAAGAAGACAAAAAUCAUGUACAUCGUAGGACUAGUACUCUUGGUGAUUGUGCUGAUAGCCAUCUCCAUAUUCGUAAUCAGAAAAAUAUUUGGGGGUACAGAAAAGGGAUCAACUUCUGUAGCAAGCAGCAUGGUCACCCAGAACCUAAAAAAGUCAGCUGCUGCAGUACCAGCAGAUGAAGGUAAAUCCAAGAAGGGAUCAAAAGAUAAAUCCGCAGAGUCACCAGAUACGAAAAACAGUGCUAACACAGAAACAAACAACAUUAGGAAUGUGGAAAUAUCAUUUUCAGAGCCAGGUUCUAAAGCAGACUCUAACGUAGUUAAGAAAAAGCCAAGCAAGAAGAGAUCAGGCGACAAGAGGUCAGAAAACAAACAAGAUGGAACAAUAAACAGUGGGGCAGUUCAGUUGAGUAACAUGCUAGGGGUAAAUGACAUCCGAUUAGUUGCAGGCAAGGCCAGUAAUCUAGUAAGCCACGCAUAG